AUGAAGUCUUUAAGAUUAUUUAACAGGAGGUUCAGAUAUUUUAGUACCUUGUCUACAAAUAAAAGGAAAUGGCAAGAUUUAAGUUUUUUCUUAACAAAUGAUAUAGAUACAUCUCAUUGGAGAGAAAUGACUUCUAAAAUUAAUGAAGCGGAGAAUUUAAUAAAGAUGGAGGAAGGGAAAGCAUCCAAAUCAAUUGAUUGGGUUGAUUGGAAUGAAAAAAUAAGUAACAAGGAGCUCCUAUCAUGCAUGAAAAACUUUUAUGAUAACCAAAUGAAAAUGUUACAAGAACUGGGUGGUGAGAAGGAAGGGAAUUUAAAAGAAGGUGAAGAAGAAAAAAUAUUUGAAGAUGCACUAAAGAAUUGCAAAGAAUCAGAGGAAAUUUCUAAAAAGUUAUUAGUAGAUGGUGCGAAAACCUUGUGGAUAAAUUUUCAUAACCCUAAUGUAUCAAAUGUUGAUAAUAAUGAAUGGAUUGAUAGUGAUUUAUAUUGGCAAUCGUUUAUUGAAAAGCAUUCUAUAUAUAAUUUGAAUAAUAAAAAUUUACAUCCAGAAGAUGAUGAAAAUUGUACAUUUGAAAAAAAUGAAUGGCAUAGAAAAACUAAUAAAUUUAAUGAGAGGAGUGAUACACCUAUAUUAUAUGAUUAUAUGAUAAAUUUACCAUCAUGGGAAUAUUAUGAUAUAAAUAGAAGGUUAUUUUUAGAAAAUAUGUUAUAUUUUUUAUUAAGGACAGGUUUAAAUUUUCGUUUUUUUCCAGAAAUAUAUAAUUGGAAGUGGAUAGCUCAUAUAGAAGAUUUACGUUAUCAAUAUUUAAACACAUCACAUAUUAGAAGAAAACAGAAUCAACUAAAAACAGUUAAAAGAGAAGUUCCUUUAGAGUUACAACCAUUAGAUUAUGAACAUAAAGGAGAAGAAUUUCAUCUGAAAUUAUUACAACAUUUUAAAGAAUAUCAAAAUUUAGUUAUCGCAAGAUUAAUGUCAAAUUAUAUUUUUUUAUGUGAUCCAUACAUACCUGUUCAGACAAGAGAAUCACUUCAAGGUGUUCUUAAUCGUUUCAAGAGAGGAAAGUUGUAUAAGCUAGUAUCACAUAGUUGUGUUAAUACAAACGAUGGGAAGAAUCAGACAAAUGGUUUGGUUAAUGCCCACAUAAAUAAUAACAAUAGUUUGGUUAAAUGCUUAUUUUUUUUACCCGAUGAGGAAUAUAUAGACACAGAAAAGAAAGAAUCACAAGAUGAUAAUUUAAUAUGUUCUAAUAUGUAUAAACCAUUAGAUGCUCUGCAAAAUUUUUAUUCAUAUUUAAAAAAACAGAAUAUCGAAUUGAAUGAUUCAUAUAUCGAAAUGUUAAAUAUAUUUACACAAAUUAUACAAGAAAGAGGACAAUAUUGGUUACAUAUACCCAAUGAAAAAAUUACAGACACAUUUCUAAGAAGAUAUAAUAAAGACGAUUCAUUAUAUCCUAUGUUUGUUCAAUAUUGUGAUGAAUUGAAUGAAGCUUUUUUAAAUAAAGUUGAGAUACUACCAGAAAAUUAUCAUAAAGAAAUUACUUAUAUUGAAAAAAUAUACCAAGAAGAAAAUCGUUUUUUUCAUACCUUUGUUAAUUCAUUUUUAACAAAUGAUGACGAUUUAAAUUUAUCUUUUCAACAAAUAAAUUCUUUCAAUUUAUUAAAAAUGAAUGAAAAACAAAUUGAUCAUUUAAUAAAAAGUGGAAAAUUGGUAUUAAUGGAUGAAGACACACAUCAAAAAAUAACUGACCCCAAAAAGGCCUUGGACCAUUUAAAAAAUAAGGAAAUGCAAAAACAAGAAAUAAGAGAAUUUGUCAAAUCGUUACCUCUAUGA